AUGAAGACGGCUCAGAAUUCGGUAGCGGCGGGGGCUGACUUGGAGUCCCUGGCUUACUCGCUGAUGCUAGCAGCAGUAAAGGAUCAUAAAGAAGUGGUCGAACUUUUGCUGGGAACUGAGGGCGUCCACCCAGACUCCAAAGGCUUAGACGGACGAACGCCGCUAUCGCAUGCAGCAGAAUAUGGGCAUGAGGCCGUGUCCAAGCUACUGCUCACAACUCCGGGCGUCAACCCAGACUCCAAGGACUCAGUCGGACGAACACCGCUAUCAUAUGCCACGGAAAAUGUGAAUACAGCUGUGUUCAAGCUUCUGCUCGCAAUGGGGGGCGUCGACCCAGAAUGUAAGGACCAUGAUGACCGAACCCCGCUAUGGUACGCAGCGCGAGGGGGGCCUGUGGAAGUGGUCAGGCUAUUGCUUGCAACAGAGGGUGUCGACCCUGACUCCGAGGAUUCUAACGGGGUGACUCCACUAUCAAUGGCAGCAAGUACAGGCCGCGGAGCAAUGGUCAAGCAACUUCUCGGAACGGACGGCGUCGAUCCAGACUCCAGGGAUUUUAAUGAACAAACGCCGCUUUCGCGUGCGGCACAAAGAGGUCAGCUGGAAAUAGCAGAGCUCCUGAUCGCGACUGAGGGUGUCAAUCCGGACUCCAGGGACUCCAAUGAACAAACGCCGCUUUCGCAUGCAGCACGAUUUGGGAAGCUGCCAGUGGUAGAGUUACUGAUCGCGACGGAGGGUGUCAAUCCAGACUCCAGGGAUAAUAACGGACGGUCGCCGCUAUGGUAUGCAGCAGAAUAUGAUCAUGGGGCUGUGUUCCAGCUACUACUUUCAACUGAGGGCGUCGAUCCAGACCCCAAGGACUCAUAUGGACGACCGCCGCCCUCUUUUAACUUAUAUCGGCAGAUUCGUUGGAAUAGCUUGAAUUUUCCCUCUUCUAUCAAGGCCCGCUCAUAG